AUGGCAUUUCACUUGAUAGCUGCGUACCAUCGCGCUCAACAAUAUGAUAUCGAGUUUAAACCACCCACUCCGUCAGUCUAUGGCAUUAUAGGGGGUGCUGGAUCAUUUGCUGUUAUAGGAGCGCGCAUCGUUGCCGGGGCGGAGCAUGGGAAGGCCGUGAGCUGGAUUCUGGACGUGGGAUCCGAUUUUCCGGCCGAUAUGAUGAGCACCAUUCUGUCAUGGAACACAGGAUGUAUUAUUCGGGAGGACAAGAGCCGACAAACUACUCGAGCAUGGAACGGAUAUGGCGAAAAUGAAAAAAGAGACUUCAAAUAUUUGACACCAAAGCUACGGCUGGACCCCUGGAUGCUUUCAGAUGCCCAGAUUUUCUCAAAAACUUUUCACAUGGUCUGCUCCUCCGAGCGAUGUAUGCUCAUCGUUCAGGACAUUCUCCAGCGGCAAAAGUCGGCGGGUUUAGGUCGGUCUGCAAGGCCAAUAUUCGUAUGGGAACCGGUGCCUGAUCUAUGCACCCCAGAAGAACAUGUAAAAUUCCUUGAAGCCUGCCGCGUGGUUGAUGUGGUAAGUCCCAAUGAGCUGGAGCUAGGCAUGAUGUUUGGUCGUCCAGGAUGGAACGAGACCAAUGAGGAUGAUCGAAAGCUUGUUCAAAGCAUACUGCUAUCUGGCAUCGGACCAGAAAGCCAAGGAACUCUAGUUAUCAGGGCAGGCAAGGACGGAAGCUACAGCUAUUCAAAGGGUCAAAAAGGAUUAUGGCUACCAGCAUAUCAUCAAUCACAAUCAGGCCAGGCAAGUAAAGUUGUCGAUCCUACUGGGGCCGGAAAUUCUUUUCUUGGUGCCUUAGCACAAGGCAUGAUCUCCCAAGGUCGCAAGCCCAGCCAUGUUAUUAAUGAUGUGCUUGCAUCUUCAGAUGCUUGGAAUGAGAUCAAAUUCCAAUGGGGCAAUGACGGUCAGGUCCCCAAGGCGUUAGUCUGUGCUACAGUGGUAGCCGGAUUUGUUGUAGAACAGAUUGGGGUGCCUACAAUCUCGACAGCGGAGGAUGGAAGUGAGCUUUGGAACGAAACUGGGUUCAGUGAAAGACUUCGUAAUUAUACACAGCGGUUAUGCACAACCCUCAAACAGCUUCCGCAGAAUCAUGAAUGGAUGAAAAAUUAA